GUCCAGCUUGUGCACGAUGGCGACCAACAUCUUUGGCCACGAGGCUACCCAGGAGCGCGCAGAGAAUGCCCGUCUCUCGUCCUUUGUCGGCGCACUCGCCCUCGGCGACCUCGUCAAGUCGACCCUCGGCCCAAAGGGCAUGAACAAGAUCCUUCACUCGACCUCGACCGGCGAGAUCACCGUCACCAACGACGGCGCCACCAUCCUCAAGAGCAUCGCGCUCGACAACCCGGCUGCCAAGAUCCUCGUCAACAUCUCCAAGGUCCAGGACGACGAGGUCGGCGACGGCACGACGUCCGUCACCGUCCUUGCGUCCGAGAUCCUGCGCGAGGCCGAGAAGCUUGUCACGAUUCAGCGCGUCCACCCGCAGGUUGUCAUCGAGGGCUUCCGCAUUGCGUCUAAGGCGGCGCUGACCGCUCUCGAGGGUGCGGCCGAGGACCACGGCAAAGACGAGGCGGCGUUCCGCGAGGACCUGCUCGCGAUCGCGCGCACGACCCUGUCGUCCAAGGUGCUCGCGGCCGACAAGAACUACUUUGCCGAGCUCGCCGUCUCGGCCGUCCUGCGCCUCAAGGGCUCGACCGACCUCGACCACAUCCAGAUCAUCAAGAAGCAGGGCGGCAAGCUCACCGACUCGUACCUCGACGAGGGCUUCAUCCUCGACAAGAAGAUUGGCGUCAACUGCCCGCACUCGAUGAAGGGCGCAAAGAUCCUCAUCGCCAACACACCCAUGGACACGGACAAGAUCAAGAUCUUUGGCGCCCGCGUCAAGGUCGACUCGACGGGCAAGCUCGCAGAGCUCGAGCGGGCAGAGCGGGAGAAAAUGAAGGCAAAGGUGGCCAAGAUCAAGGCGUCCGGCGUGACGUGCUUCGUCAACCGCCAGCUCAUCUACAACUACCCCGAGUCGCUGUUCGCCGAGGCCGGCAUCCUGUCGAUCGAGCACGCCGACUUUGAGGGCGUCGAGCGCCUCGCGCUCGUCACCGGUGGCGAGAUCGCGAGCACGUUCGACGAGCCGGACAAGGUCAAGCUGGGUCGGUGCGACACGAUCGAGGAGAUCAUGAUUGGCGAGGACAAGCUCAUCAAGUUCUCGGGCGUCGCCGCCGGCGAGGCGUGCACGGUCGUCCUGCGCGGCGCGACGGGCCAGAUGAUCGACGAGGCCGACCGCUCGCUGCACGACGCCCUGUCGGUCCUGAGCCAGACGGUCAAGGAGACGCGCGUCACGCUCGGCGGCGGGUGCGCAGAGAUGAUCAUGGCCGUCGCCGUCGACGAGGAGGCCAAGCGCACCGAGGGCAAGAAGGCGCUCGCCGUCGAGGCGUUCGCGAGGGCAUUGAGGCAGAUCCCGACCAUCCUGGCCGACAACGCCGGGUACGACUCGAGCGACCUCGUCGCCAAGCUUCGUGCGGCACAUUACGAGGGCCGGACAGACGCCGGGCUCGACAUGUUCAAGGGCGUCGUCGGCAGCAUGAAGGAGUGCGGCGUCACCGAGAGCUACAAGCUCAAGCGCCAGGUCGUCCUCUCGGCGAGCGAGGCUGCCGAGAUGAUCCUCCGUGUCGACGACAUCCUGCGGAGCGCGCCGAGGAGGCGCGAGGGUCACUGAGGGAGGCCGGAAAGGAGGAGCAAGUCGAUCCACGAGAAAGGUGUCAUCCUGUAGAAUUUGCCCCAGCAGCGUUUUUCCCUCUCCCUCUCACUCGCAAAGCACCCGCUCUCUCGUUGUGCCACCA